AUGGCCUCCUCCAUAUUCAACCCUUGUUCCAUCAUCACCGCCUCUCAGGCGCAGCCAACGUCUUCUUCCUCAAGACCCUCGCAGCUUCUCUCCUUCCUCCACAGCACAAACCCAGCAGGACCCGUUGUUGAUUUGAAGCUCUCUGCUGCUUCUUCUUCUUGGGGUUGUCAGGAUGAUUCUAAGCAAUCAUUGUCUCGUUGUUUAGCAGCAAAUAUCACCAGCAGCGCCUUGAAAACAGCCGAGUCAUCUCGUGAGACCAGCUCGUUGUUGUCGGCGGAGGGUGUCUCUUCUUCAGGGACAAGACCGACCAUCUUGGUCUCCGAGAAACUUGGAGAAGCGGGUCUUCAGCUUCUACGUAGCUUCGGCGACGUGGACUGCUCCUACGAUCUUUCCCCUGAACAACUCUGUGAGAAGAUCUCGUCGUGCGAUGCGUUGAUCGUGAGGAGUGGGACCAAAGUGACGAGGCAAGUUCUGGAAGCGGCCAAAGGGCGUUUGAAAGUGGUGGGAAGAGCUGGCGUCGGCAUUGACAACGUUGAUCUGCAAGCUGCUACCGAGUUCGGUUGUCUUGUGGUCAAUGCUCCCACCGCUAACACUGUUGCAGCCGCCGAGCAUGGUAUUGCGUUGAUUGCCGCCAUGGCACGAAACGUUGCCCAGGCUGAUGCCUCCAUGAAAGCUGGGAAAUGGCAAAGAAGCAAGUAUGUGGGUGUAUCUUUGGUUGGAAAGACACUAGCAGUGAUGGGGUUUGGAAAAGUUGGAUCAGAGGUUGCAAGACGGGCAAAAGGUUUGGGAAUGCAUGUUAUUGCUCAUGAUCCAUAUGCCCCAGCUGAUAGAGCCCGAGCUAUUGGUGUGGAUCUGGUCUCCUUUGAUCAGGCCAUCUCCACUGCAGAUUUCAUCUCUUUGCAUAUGCCGCUCACUUCCACUACUUCAAAGAUAUUCAAUGAUGACACUUUUGGGAAGAUGAAGAAGGGUGUACGCAUUGUCAAUGUUGCCAGAGGUGGAGUCAUUGAUGAAGAAGCAUUGGUGAGGGCCCUUGACAGUGGAAAAGUGGCACAGGCAGCACUUGAUGUGUUCACAGAGGAGCCUCCAGCCAAAGACAGCAAAUUAGUGCAGCAUGAGAAUGUCGUUGUCACACCUCAUCUUGGUGCUAGCACCAAGGAAGCACAGGAGGGUGUUGCAAUCGAAAUUGCAGAGGCUGUAGUUGGAGCAUUGAAAGGAGAACUUUCUGCAACUGCUGUCAAUGCUCCCAUGGUUCCUCAGGAGGUUAUGACAGAGUUGGCUCCAUAUGUUGUCUUAGCUGAGAAACUGGGUAGGUUAGCUGUGCAGCUGGUGGCUGGGGGAAGGGGAAUAAAAUCUGUGAAGGUGGUUUACCAAUCUGCACGAGACCCUGAUGACUUGGAUACAAGGCUUCUGCGAGCCAUGAUCACAAAAGGUAUCAUCGAGCCAAUAUCAUCCUCAUUCAUCAACCUGGUCAAUGCAGAUUUCACGGCCAAGGAAAAAGGGCUACGGAUCAGUGAGGAACGUGUGGUUGUCGAUGCAUCCCCUGAGUUCCCUGUUCAUUCAAUCCAGGUGCUGAUAUCCAAUGUUGACUCCAAGUUUGCCAGUGCUGUGUCGGAAAAUGGGGAAAUCAGCAUUGAAGGAAGAGUGAAAUAUGGGGUACCACAUUUGACUCGUGUAGGAUCCUUUGAAGUGGAUGUGAGCCUAGAAGGGAACCUCAUCUUGUGCAGGCAAAUCGACCAACCAGGCAUGAUUGGCCAGGUUGGGAACAUACUUGGUCAAGGUAACAUAAAUGUGAGCUUCAUGAGUGUGGGGAGGACAGUGAGAAGGAACAAGGCCAUCAUGGCAAUUGGAGUAGAUGAAGAACCAGACAAGGAAGCCCUCAGGAAGAUAGGAACAGUACCAGCUAUUGAAGAGUUUGUGUUCCUCAAACUAUAGAGAAAGAUAACAACACCAAUGGCUUGGUUUAGGAGAGAUAUAUUCCAUUUGGAGGGGUUAGUAAACUAUACAGGUUCUGCUGCUCAACAAGUUGAGAAUGAAACCUGGCUAUCAAUAUAAAGAAGCAGUCUGUCCUGCUUUCCUCCUUUAUAUCAUAGCAAUGUUUUGUCCCAGAGAUGUGUCAGAAAGCAAAGGUGCUUCUGUUUUUAUUUUUUUAGGUGAUGGUCAGGAGGCGUCAUUUAUGCCACAACACUGCUGGUUGUGGGUCAAGGGUUAUUUUAGUAUUUCUUCUUGACCUUCCUUUUGUUUUUCUAGUGUGUGAAAAGCUUUCAAAUCUGCAAUCCUUGAUAAUGAAAGUUAUUCUAUACUAUUGGCACCAAA